UACAGGCAGUAUAGCUUAAUAAUGCCUGUUUAUUUAAUAAUAUUAACACGGGCUGUAUAUCAGAGUAUAUGUAAUCUGUAUAUCCGGUAUAUAAAGCAGUUGAGGACAUUCCAUACUCCACACUAGUUUAUUUAUUCAUUGCAGUUUUCUCGGGAAUAAGAUUAAACCCAUCUGUGGGUUUCUCAGGGAUAAGAUCAAACCCAUCUUUGGGUUUUCUCUAGGAUAAAAUUAAACCCAUCUUUGGGUUUCUCUAGGAUAAGAUUAAACCCAUAUUUGGGUUUCUCUGAUAUAAGAUUAAACCUAUCUUUGGUUUUCUCUUAGAUAAGCUUAAACCCAUCUUUGGGUUCUCUGAGAUAAGAUUAAAUCCAUCUUUGGGUUUCUCUGGGAUAAGAUCAAACCCAUCUUUGGUUUUCUCUGAGAUAAGAUUAAACCUAUCUUUGGUUUUUUCUUAGAUAAGCUUAAACCCAUCUUUGGGUUUCUCUGGGAUAAGAUUAAACCCAUCUUUGGAUUUCUCUGGGAUAAGAUCAAACCCAUCUUUGGUUUUCUCUUAAAUAAGCUUAAACCCAUCUUUGGUUUUCUCUGGGAUAAGAUUAAACCCAUCUUUGGUUUUCUCUGAGAUAAGAUUAAACCCAUCUUUGGGUUUCUCUGAGAUAAGAUUAUACCCAUCUUUGGGUUUCUCCAGCAGCAGAUAGUACCCCGGGACUUGAUUCACUUCUCUUAAGAUUACUCCAUGAUGAAAUUGAACCCGUCAUUAGUUUACUACGGCAUAAGAUUAAACCUAUUUCUGGUUUACAUCUGGCUAGUUUUACAAACCACCCCAGUUAAAGUAUACGGGAUGAGCUUGGAGAGAAUGAUGAGGAGUUUAGAGACAGGUUCAGUACAAACUCUCACAGCUCAGAUCAGAACAAACCCGGGGCUAAUCUGUAAAUUCAACCUUGGGACAGACGGAUUCAUCGACAGCUGUAACUAUACAAUAGAUGUUGUAGACUAUAGAGUACACCCCUGGAAACUAAACCUAGGAUUGAACUCCUACUGGUUGGGGGGACCUGAGAAGGACGGAGACGGAACUGUUACCGGAGGAUUUAUCUACGCGGACAUAUCCUCUAUCCUGGAGAAGGAUGAAUCAGGAUUGGAGGAGAAGGCUUGGUUUACAACUGAAGCUAUUUCUCCGACCUCUGCUAGAGGAAGAUGUUUUCAAUUUGAUUUCUCUCUUGAAGGAUUAAAUGUUAAAGCUCUCAGUGUUAUCCGAGUAGAUGUUCUUGGUGUUCCAGUUCCAGAUCAGCCUAGGCCAGAGGAACAGAAUGGAGGAACUACAGAGCAAGGAUCUGCUCAGACCCGGGCUAUAUCAAUGUCUUUCGGGAACGGAUUUGCUCAACUAGAGGCAAACACAGUUUGGAGAUGGGAGGAUAGUACUCAAGGUAUCUGGAAAAAUGGACAUUUUUCCUACUCCGCUCCGAAUCCGCACUUUUUCAUCUUUGAAGCAACUCCCAACCCUGGAGCAAUGGAGAAGUACAGAGGAUAUAUAGCUCUUGAUAAUAUUCAACUAAAUGAAGGAGUAUGUGGGAAUGAUUGUAACUUUGAUGGAAGUUUCUCAACCUGUCUCUGGCAAAACGUAGAUGGGGAUGAUUUCGACUGGACCUUAUCUAGAGGAAGCAGGAAAUCCUUCACAGGACCCCUCAAGGAUCAGGAAUCUUCUCUGUCAUCUGGAUCUGCCGGAGGAUACGCGUACAUAGACAGUGGGUAUCCGAGACACCCCGGAGACUCUGCUAUUCUCCGUCUCAAGUCUGAAAUCCAAACCGAACCAGAUUCCCCGCUCUGUCUCGUGUUCUAUGUGAACAUGUACGGUUCAGGAAUUGGUUCUUUAUCCUUAGUUCAAGAGAACUUAAACAACAGCAAGCUCUCAACACUAUGGGAGCUGGUUCGUCCAGCAUCUUCUCCUCGGGACUACUGGCAUAGGGCAGAGGUUACAAUAGCCUCGGAGGAUAAGAGUACCCUGUUCUUCGAGGGAAGGGUCGGAGAGGCGGAGAGAGGAGAUAUUGCUAUUGAUUCUGUUUCCUUACAACAAGGACCAUGUGUAAUAAAACCUACCGAAGCUGCGCGCUAUCAGGCAGUCAGCUGCUCUUUUAACUCUGAUCUAUGUGGAUACAUAUCCCAGAAUAUUCCUGUAGAGGAGGGAACAGGAACAGAAGCUCCACCGCUCUGGUCACGUGUCAAGGGCGGGGAGAAUGUUCCAGAAGGACACGGGGUUCUAUCACCCGGAGAGGAGGAUUGGUUUGCUCUGUUUGAUGUGAAGAACUAUCAGCACAGACCUCUAGACCGAGGUUUCCUGAUCGGUCCUCAGGUUCCAAUAUCAUCAGACCCUCUUUGUAUCAGUUUCUGGUAUUACAUGGCGACUGACGUGAGUUCUGUUCCAUACCUUGGAACUCUGAGAAUUAUGCUUAUACCUAGAAAUAUUACAGGAAAUGAAGUGAUGAGCUCAGCUGAACCAAAGAUAAUCUGGUCUUUAUCCAACCAGCAGGAACCAACUUGGGCUUUUGCUCAAGUUUCAUUUAUCCCAGAUAGUCCGUAUCUUCUCACAUUCGAGGGUAUCAGAGCAAACAAUGUCCUUGGUGUUGUCGGUAUAGAUGAUGUAUCUCUGUAUCCUGGAUCUUGUAGUAUUAAACCCAAGAAAGCUUUGGUUAAUAUCGGAGACUGUUCCUUUGAAUUUGAUACUUGUGGUUGGAGAUCUAUAAAUCCAGGGAGCGCUAUGGAGCUCAGACCUCAGGACUGGAAACUAUCUGAUAGAAAUCAGAACUUUGGAUCCUUCAGGGAUCAUACCUUUAACCUGGAUACUAAUGGAUACGUUUACUUUGAUACAAUAAAUAUUCAAACCAAAACCUGGUUAAUCUCUCCUCCCCUCGGACCCAAUACAUCCCUGUGCCUCGAGUUCUUCUACACAACCACAGAGUCGGACUCCUCUAAUCUCCAGGUUAAAAGACAGUUUGCAAACGGAACCAUGGGACCUCUCUGGGGAGUUCAGUUCUCCGACCUGGAGCUACCACAAGGUUCAACGGUAUCAACUUGGCUCCAUGCACAGGUUUUCAUCCCGGCACUUGACUCAAACUCUGCCAUCGUGUUCGAAGGAAACUCUAAUGAUGCAGGGUAUGCUCUGGACGAUAUCACGCUGAGAAGAGAACCCUGUGAAACCAGGCCUGUGUUCCAGAACAACUUUGAUACAAGGACUAAUCCAUUCCAGUUCGCGGGUUUACAAUCUACCCGGAAUAAACUAGACCUUACCGCUAAAUAUCCCGUUCUUAAAUCUUCAAAUUCGGGAUUUUUCAGACAAGCAAAAUCUCUUAAUUCAAGCGAAGCUCUUAAAAAUGAAGAAACCAAGUAAAAAAUGAAUUUACCCUUUUAAAAAAUGUUAAAGAAAUAUGCGAUGUGAAAUACGUUGUUGAAAUAUAUUUGUAUUAACUUGA